AAAUUCAAAUUCAGUCAUUAUGGAGAGCACCAUAAAUCACUGAACCGUUGCCCAUUAAACCAUAUGAGUCCCAGAGAAAACCUUCUGACGGCUAAGAGCAUCCCCUAAAUACAUACCUACGCUCACUCCUAACACAAACCUUAGAGAAGACACCGAGAAAGUGGAGACAACAGCAGAGAGGACUGUAUACACACCUCCUACUCCUUAAGAGCGGUCAAAUUCUGGAAUUCACUGACUGCUUUUCCAGUCCAAGAGACCCACAAGGAGUGCUUGAAGAGAAAACCUGACAUAUUCUUAAGGUCGAAGGACAGUAUCUCACAAUAAUUUAAUAGUAUUUUUUCUCUUAUCUUUAAAAAUAUUUAGGUUCCUACCUGAUGAAAUCGUUGAUCCACUGCUACUGGAUACGGAAGCCCGUUAAGCGGAGGCUCCAUCUAUUUCGUCCGAAAUCAUUUGGAACAACUUCUUUUUUUAAAAUUGUAUGGAGAGACUGCGGCGCGAGAUUUGACCUCCGACUAAGAUGAAUGAUUGUAGCGAAGAAAAACAGUUUGUGGUAGAAGGUACAAGCUGUACCUUGUUUGAUGAUCGGGAAAAAGCUCUUGAAGUUGAUGGGGAAAAACUACUAAUACCAUGGUGUGGUGACAAGUCAAUUUUGAUUGAUAGGUCAGGCUCUGUUAUUCAUAACAUUAUUCGUAUAAUUUGCAAAUAAUUAUGUAGUUGUGCAUCCUGACUUAUUUUUCAGAUGGUGAGGUAACGUUUUCCUUUUUUUGGAUGUUAGAUGUUUCAUGUCAGUUUCUUUUACGUCGACCUAAAUAUUUUACAGAUCAAUCGAUAGUAGGCGAGCAUUACCUCAAAAAGUUGCUUAUAUUUAAUAUGAGACAUACCAAGGCAACUGCCUAGCUAAAUUUUGGAAGCUGAUUGUGCUGUGGGAUAGAGUUUAUUCAGAGUAUAUGUGAGGGGUUAUUGCAUAGAACUUGUAACACCCUCAUGAGGUGGCUUCGGUAGGAUUACAAAAUACUAGACAGUCGAAGUCUUAGGAGUGAAUGAUAAGUACACGGUUUAUAACCCACUCUGACUUUUUAAAGGUUUGAGUUAAAUGUACACAAUUGCAGAAAUAACUUCUAUCAAGCCAUUUCAGUCUUCAGUAAUAAGGACAGUAGGUUAAUGAACCUGUGUUAAUCCUGACAGUUUGCAUUCCAUUGAAGGUCUGGCUUCUCUUUAAAAAUGUCCGCUGAUGGGGCUAAUACCACUUGUUCGGGUAAGGCGUUCCAGUCAUUGAACACCCGAUGAGAAAAACGGAACCCCGCUUCAAGUUUAUUUGAUCGCAGUUUGUGAACCUUCUUGCCAUGACCUCGGAGAUUAUUAGCGCUGGAGAGAGCAAAAUGAUAAGAAAUUAACUCCAAAGUCGUAAUUGAGAAUACAAAGUGCGAAUACAAAGUCACCUCGCGUCUUACGAUACGACAAGGGAAAUAGUUUUAGGCAUUUCAAACACUCAUCGUAAGGGAGUUCAGAAAAACCCUUCACAAAUUUUGUUUCCACACGCUGAAUACACCCAAGUGAGUUAGUAUCCUUAAUCAGACAUGGGCCAGCUGCUUGUAUACAGUUCUCUAUGGGCUUUCCUUAUGUACUUAAGAGGUGGUCAGCUAUUGUGUAAAAUAGGCAAGAUUACUAAAAAGUAACAUAAAUCUUCCUCACACUUUAGCUGCUGUAACCCUCGUUCUUGCUAUCAGUUUGGGCUCGUCUGAGUAGUCCUAAAACGUGUUUUUGUAUUUCGUAACACCCAAGCCACGCCCGACUUCGCUUACAAAAAGACUGGAUGACAUCAAAGAUGAAACGGUAAUCUUGGAAACAUCGUUUUCCACCCUACAUUUUUUGUCCAAUAUCAUGAUCUCUCUACCAAGAAGAAUUUACUAAACAAAAGCAUGGGUUUAAUUUAUACGUAAAUGUUGCUAAAAGCGAAGAACUAUCACGGUCGGGGUUUAUUGUGGACUUUUGAUCGUUUGAAAUCCUUCGUCAACUUGAACCCCCAGUUGUACAGGCGAGAUAUCCAUCUCCCAAUCAAGAGAAAAAUAUAAUUCUCAGUAUUCCAUUAUUUUAGUUUAUGGUUGUGAAGCUUGGCCUCGAAAAGUAGAGGGUAAUCGUAGGUUACUAGUAUUUGGUCAUAGGUGUCUUCAAAGUAUCGCCCACGUAUUGUAGAACGACGAAGUGAACAAUACUAAGGUUAGGGAUAGAAUAGUAGACAAAUUCAGUGAGUCGUUUGACAAAGGUGAGUCAUUAUCAACUAGGACACCCAUCGCGUACAUUCACUCACAUCCUACUCCAAGGUGGAACGCUGACUGGCGUAUAAGUAAGAUGGGAGAAAGCUAAUGGUGGUCAAACGAAGAUGUAUCAGUCUUUGGAAUUAUUGACUGUUGGGCUGAAUUAUUUCAUUAGAUUCAGAUUACCUGAUUGGAGUCCGCUCAAAGACCGUAAUCUGUGACAGGGGAUGUAAGGCUGUAAAGAGCGAAAUUUUCAGCAUUAGUGUAGAUUGUCAAUGAUACUUUUGCUACUACUUCACUAGUUCUCACCGUUCUAGUAUUAUCUUGGUGUUUCAAACUACCCUUGGGCAUGUUUGUUCCAUGCUUUGCGUUGCUUUUGAUUGACUAUGGUUAGAACUCUGUUGUCAGUCAAGCUAUUCAGGUGUCAGUUCGCGCAUUAGGUAGUACAAUCAUGCUUACAUUCAGAACUAUUGUCUUUCAACUUUUACGGGUAUAUUCUUGUGCAAACAGUCCACUUAUGUCGUUUUAUCAGUAAUAGGGGCUGUGGAGAUUAUUAGAUUUUCGAUUGAGAUCAUGAACCGAUUAGUGUUAGACCACCACUGAAAACCUGAAAGCACUGGACGGCCGUUUCGUCCUAUUGCGGGACUCCCCAGCAGUGCUCAUCCACGAUCCCGCUCGCCCUGGGUUCGAAUGCUGCGAGUGGGAUUGUGGAUAGGCACUGCUGAAGAGUCCCACAAUAUGUCGUUUUAAAUGUAACGAUGCUCUUUAACCAUUUGUCAUUGGAUUUAUACUCUGUUCAUGUAAUUAUUCAUCUCAGUAAAAAUGUUCAAAUUUAGUCUUAGUAUCAAAAUACUAAAUUUAGAUGGUAUUAUAGAUAUUUCAGUGUGUUGAUUAUCUGUUAUAUUAAAAAAUUGCUCUAUCCUUGUGAUAAUUUCAGUUUUGGCGUUACUUGGUCUUUGAUUUUAAGGAAGUGUGUCACGUAACAUAUGUAUAUAUAUCUUAAUGUAUACUAGGCUUUCAGGCUUUAGGGUAACUCAUGUUUUCACAAAUUACACUAUUUGUCUUAUAUAACUCUGAAAAUUCUUUAACCUCGCACUAAUUCACUAGUAGACAUGAUUAUAUGGGUGUUUAGCUUGAAUCUGUGCAAAAAUCUUAGCAAAUAUAAAUAUAGCAAUUGAAAGUAAAACAUACAUAAUGUCUUCCAACAAAACAUUUAUGUACUGAAUUAUCGUUAAAAUUCAUAUCUUUUAAUAAUCAAAUUUAGGACAGCCUCAAGGUGUCAGUGUUUGUAGCGAUAAACGAUCUUUCUAUAAAACCGUGGUUAGUGAAAUCUCGGUUUACAUUUUUGUUUUGAUCCCUUAACCACAUACGUUAUAAUUCUAUUCAAUUUUGGCUUAAAUAUAUAAGUGAUGUCUCCCCCUUGCAUAAUAACUGUCGUUCAAGCCUUAUUAUAUGAACCUGCCGUUAGUUGCUUAGUUUCAUCGAACGAUUAGUUUUUCAUAUUGUCUGCCAAGUCGAUCACAAGUAUUAACUUGUAUCAGUUUGCUUACUUCACUUAUUCACCAGUACUAAAGGUUCUCAAAUUGACUCUGAGAAUGUAUAUGUUAAAAUACCUAGGGAGUGUCUUCUAGUCAUUGUUUAUCUAAGAUAUAGUGAAUGAUCGAGCAACUUCCGCGUUACUUUGGGUUAGCUUAUAUGGUUGUCAACUUCAUGUAACCGGUGUCCACGUGCCAUGUAUGUAUAGCGAUCUCUUUCAACAUGUUCUUUAGUUUCAAAUCAGCCUAAUGUUCAAUUUAUCUAUCGUUUUUAUUUAUCUCACUUGAUGGGAUGACAAACGUAUUAACAAUAUUAUCACUAAGUAGCCCAAAAUUUACAUAAAGUUUUCAGUACUACAGUUAUCUAAUUCCUCAAAUUAAUACGUUUUAUCCCAAUUUUGUCGUCAACUGACUUUCAUUUCGCUACCUUCAGGUUCGAUGGACGUGGGUAUCUCACUGAUUUUUAUGAGGAAGAUCCUAAUUGCGAUUUAAGUCCUGACGAUCACUUGUCUGAAGAAGAAAUUGCAAUAGAAAAGAUGUGUGAUUUCGAACGUUAUUUGGAAAUGCAAGUGGACGUCCAUGAACUCGCAAUUCAAGAUGAAGAAGCUCGAAAACGUGAAGCUGAACGAUCUCGCAAUGACUAUGGAGCCGUUAGCUUCUCUUAUGAUGAAAAUGCUUCUCAACCAAAUGGCGACAAAUCAUACGCUAACAAGGGAUCAAGUAAGUAAUUGCUAUUUUAUAGAAAUUGGUAUUUUAUGUUGAAUUGGAAUAUAUGUUUGCCAAUGAAAUUUAUUCUCCAGCUUAAUUAUUUACUCGGAUUAUUACUAUCUGUUAACUGCUAUGCAAGAAUAAUCCGCAUGACUUGUUAAUAUUUGAAUACUAUUGUCAACCAUUUAAUAAAGAUGACUUUACUGGCAGUUCAAUUUUAAAUGAUUAAUGAACUCUCAAGUUAUCGUAUUUAGAAAAUCACAUGUCUUGGGGAUUAAUGUCCAGUAUAUCACAUCAUAAUUACUCGCUACCUUCUGUUACAGAUCCUGUCUAGUCCUUUAAUUUUGUAGAUCCAAACUAACUGCCAAAAACUCUAGUUCGUCGCUCUACUUUGACUUUAUCAACUUCCUAUUGUUUAACAUUCUAAUUAACGUCUAGUCAACAAAUGAGCUGGUAAGAACAUCUGACAAAUAUAUGCCAAAAAUCCUUUAAGUUGCAUGAACAUUUUAUAUGAUAUGGUUGCUUCCAGAGUUUUUCAUUCAAUUGCAAUAGUAGAUUCAAAUCGAUCUGAUUGGUUAGUUGCCUUAAUAUGAGGGCGGCAUAAACUGACGAAGAUUCAUGAAUGUUGGGUUGUUAACAGAUUAUUUCACAAAAGUAAAUAGUCACUUUCUGGUAUGUUGCGUCAUCGCUUAAAUGAACAAAGUCUUUUUCGUUUCAAAGCAAUCUCUUUUUUCUAAACUAGCUGAGCCUGGGAUUAAUGAACAGCACUCUGAAGAGCCAUAUAACUGUCCUCCUGAGCUACAACAACUCUUGUCGAAUUUCCAACUUCCGGAAUCCGAUAAACAAGCUCACAUCAUUGAAAAAACUGCUGUUUUCGUCUCUCGACAAGGAAGUCAAAUGGAAAUAGUUCUUAAAGCUAAACAAAAUAAAAAUCCACUGUUUGGCUUUUUGACUUAUGACCACCCACUUAAUCCCUUCUACAAGGAGAUUGUGAGGUUAAUUUCCCAAGGUCGGUACGUUCCAAAACCUCGUCAGACUACAGAUAAACCAAGUGGGACACUCUUUACAAGUUCGGACGAGUCAAACAAGUCAAUUCAUGAAGAUGUUUACGAGUUGAAGCUACCAAAGGUGGACAUUUCAAAUACAUCAUAUGCUCCACUAAUAUCCAAGUUCAAGAAAAUUAAUGAAAUGGCCGCAGCUGUCGCAGCUGCAAAUCGUGUCACCCCUGUUUCUGAUAUCCAGUCUUCUAUCGCUACUCCUGAGGCAUUGACUGAAACAGAACGUCCUCUUUACGAUCCUAGUGAGGUUGAAAAUAACUCUUUGGACAGCCUUAAAGACAAUAAUAAACUGUUGGAUUCAGAAAAGACGAAGACUCCCUCACCACAAUCUGAAGUCCAAGCCGACGUUUCUGCUACUAAUGAAAGCCUUACUGAUGUUCAAGUAGUUGGGAAAGACAAUGUGAUAUCAGAAUUAGUAGAUCCUUUGUCUCCAGAAGAGUAUGAACGUAUUUACCAGGAGUAUUAUAAACACUACUAUGCUCACUAUUACACACAUUAUUCUAACCAGUGGGCUUUAUCUGAGUAUGUCAAUGAUGAAAGUUUCAAUAUUGUACAAGAAGCAGCUAAGGCAGCCGCUAUAGCAGCUGCGGCUGCAGUCAAUGUUGUCCAACAAACACGUUUAAAAGCUAGUGCUCCAGUAAUGUUCGAACCUCCACUUAGUGAUGAACAGCGUGGUAUUAUAAAUAAAAUGGCAGAAUAUGUUGUUCGUAAUGGUUUAGAAUUUGAAGAAUUGGUCAUUCGACAAAAAAGCAAAGAUCCACGAUUUGGAUUUCUGAAAUCAGAUCAUCCUUUACAUUCAUAUUACAUGGCUAAAAGAAAAGAACUAGACCCUGAUGAUAGCUUGACUAAAGCUGCAGACUCUAAUUUUGGUAAUAUACCUCCUUCAAAAUCAUUUAAAGUAAGCUCGUCAAAAAAAUUGGAUUCAAAUGAAAAGCCUGAAACAAUGUUUCAAGAUAAUAAAACGAAAAAUGGUUCUCUUAAAAAUCCUCAGUCUCAUGAUUCUCAUAAAGACAAAAAAGAUGAUUUUGAAGCUUAUAAUUCAGAACGUCAAACUGGCAUCAGUUUCCGAUUAGCUCGCCCGAUUCCACCAAAGUCUCAGUCCACUCAAAAUACAGAAACGUCGGCGGGAGAAAUUAUGGACAUAAUUGAAGCCGCUGCACUAGAGUACUCAGAAUCUGUUUCCAAAAGUUUAAGACGGACUAACGAACAACUUAAUAGGUUAUUGAGUCAUUCGAAAAGUGACAGUCAGUCAAAAUCACGGAAGAGAAAAACUCGAUCUCCAAAAAUGUGUGUUAUACCUGGUAUUCCCAGUCCUAGUUCAUCGUCUUCCUCGGAAUCUUCUCCACCUCAAGUUAAAAGUCCAUACUCUUACACAAAUCGUUCUAGUGGAGCUUCAAAUUCGAAUUCUGUUUGUACAUCACCCUCCAUAUCCGUUGAGCGAAAUGAGAGAAAUAAACAAGUGCAUAACAUUCAGUCUCCUGUUCAGUCUAUCUGUAACAUCACUUCACCCUAUGAUAAUAAUUUGUGUUCUCCUGUGGAGUCGAUAUCUAAUUCAAGCUCACAUUUAACCUCCAACUGGCCUUCAUGUGCUCUUGAAGAUUUAUUAGAUAUACAUGAACCUACAAGUCUUUUAGACUUCUCUGCCGAUGGUUAUCAAGUUACGGUCCCUACAGCUAAAGAAGAGCGUCUGCGUGAGGAAAGGCGUAAAAAAGCUGCCCAAUUGGUUACCCAGUUGAAAUUAACUAAUUCUAUCACAAAAGGAAGUAUAAAUACUAGUACAACUAUCUCCAAAUCUUCGACAGUUAAUACCACAUCAACGACGGCUAGUCGGUAUCGUUCGUCACCUCCACCAGCUCCUGAUUCAGUCCCUGCAGCCGUCGCACAUGCUGUAGUUGCUAACAUGAAACGUCGUCGAGAAGCUUUGGAAAUCGAGAACAAAGCUCGUAGAAGGCGCCAUCGUUCACCACCAGCUGCUUAUGCAUUUGCGCGUAAUCGAAUCUCUGACAGAUCUCCACGGAGGUCACCAACUCCUAGGUGUGAUUCUUAUGAUCGCGAGGACCCAAGAGAUCGGGACGAUCAUCAUUCAAAAUCCAAGAAAAAACAUAAAAAAUCUCAUUACUAAUCACAUCGUAAAGACACAUUAUUGUAAACAAGUGUACAUAUUUAUAUUAUAUUGUGAUCUUGUAUUAUUAAGCAGAAAUGUGAUUCAUUCGAACAAGGUUUUAAUUCGUUGUUCCUUUCCACAGUUUUGAGCAGCUGGAAAAAGUUCUCUAUCAGCCACAAGAGAUUUUCGAAACUAUAAUUGUGAUGUAAUUUAUAUUUAAAUGUCUGGUUUGUAUGAUAUGUGUAACCUUGAUAAAAUUUGAUACUGAACGACCUAGAUUUGUAAUAAUUACCAGUUUAUAUUCACAUUUCAUAUAUUCUAGCACGUGAAUAACAACGUUUAUCCACU